AUGUGUGUUGGAAUGAUCAGACAGUCACAAUGUCUGACUACCAGUGAUAAAGAAGUUAUGACAACUGCAACGUUGCCAGAAGGAUCAUUGGCUGUUCUUGACACCCAAACCGAUAAUGACAACCCCAUCAAGUCUUUCUACCAGUUCAUGAUAGGCUCCAGCAUCUCAAAACAAAAUCCUCCUCUGACCUCUUUUAUGCUCAUCAUCAGAGAAGAACUCACCCUCAAAACAUUGGAGAAGUGCUGGAAGGACUCACAGCACAAUAGACAAGGUCUCCUUAUUAAACUGUGGCCAUACAUAUUUGAUUUGCUAAAGCGCAGUCAAGCCUUGACUUCUGUGACUAAUUAUGACAGGCUAUACCAAGCACUACCAAGAGAAGAUGCUUCGAUAGAAACCACAGUCCCAGAUGAGUUCUUUGAAUACACUAACAAAGACCUCAUCAUUGCUCUUCUAGAACACUCCAGCACUCGGCUACAUAGCCGUCUCAUCAACUGUUAUGCUACAACAGGCUUGGCUAUACCAUUUGCAUAUCAAUGUGUCACAUUCAAUCUUGUUCACAUUAAAGCUUCUCUUGAAGGUCUAGCUGAUGUUUUAUGUUCACCUGAAGACAUUCUAGCAAUCUCAUGUGGUACAAGUUCUGCAACCAAUGUUGGUAAGACUGACCUUCUCUCACGUUUGCUGUCCCUCCCAGACACUGCCCUAGAGAGACAUCCAGGUGGAGUUUUUCAUGCUCUUUCAGUUGAUCUAGUGUUUGGUACCCUUCACCAAACAAACACUAACGUUAUAGCAGCAGAUGUGCAUGGAUUUGACAUUAACAAUUCAGGAUUUCUUACAGUUUUGUCAGUCAUAUUGUCAGCUUCGUCACUAAUCAUUUUACAUGUGACAGCUGAUGACUUCACAUCCGAUGGAACACCAUCAAAUGAGAUUAAAACAAUAAUUCAAGUUUCAACUAAUGAACAAUUCUGUGCAAAUAAAAUUGCUGCUGUAGUUCUGUGGAGAGAUUUCGAUAAGAGAAAGCAUCAAGAGAUAUUUGAUAAAGUAAAGUCCCAACUGUUCAUGUGCACACAACGUGAAAGAAGCCAUCCUGACAUAGAAAUCACUAUAACCCCAGUUCCAAAUUUGGCAAAGCUGAAAAUUGAACGAAAAGUUAAAAUUUAUGAAAGUAUGACAACAGCAAUAACCCAAGUGUUGAAUGAAUGUGGCCCAGUUUCACCUGUGCCCAACAUAAGAACAAUGGCAAAGAAGUUGGUAAUGAAUGCAGAAAAGAGAAAUCUACAAUUUGGCCGACACAUUGAUGUUACUCAAUGUUGUCAAUCAUCAGCAGAUCUAUUACGAUCCAUUCAACGUGAAGUCCACUACCAUUUGGAUAAUGCCCUGAAACAAUCAAGCAAAACACCAAUGUUUCAAUGGCUGUUCCCUUAUUCCACACUUGAUUCAGAAAUAGCUCGCUUAGAUAAAGAAAUGAGUGACCUGGCUCGUCAUGGUUGGGAUGAUAAAGCAGGACAGGAAAUCUCCAACAUCAAACAUGCACAGAUAGCUCUAAAAAAGCGGUACAAGGACAAACGUCCAUCUCCUCUUGUUUCCUACUUUGCAUCCCUUGUUAAAAAACAAGACACAGCACUCAUCGAGGAAUUUAACAGACAACUGAAUGCUUGGAAAUCACCCAAAUGUGAGGAGCCACUAAACAAACGAAAUGAAUUGCAUUCACAGAUGGAAGCAAGAUUGUCACAACUGCGACAAACAGAUCAAGCACCCAAAGUUGAUACCACACUGAAUUCAAUUAAAGAAAAGAUAACAGAAAUCAACAAAGAAUUGGAUAAAUUUGACAUUUCUAUAGAUGAUGUCUGGAGUGAUCUGAUAUCUAUGGCUGAGAACACAUCUAGUAUUUCUCUCACAAAACAACAAUCCCUGCUAGAAAAACACUGCAAUCUUGACCCAAAUGUACUUCAAGAUAUGUACAAGAACGUUGUCCUAGAAGGUCAUCCGAUUCAGCUGUUAAGAGGACGUUCUCUGUACAUGGCAACUGACUUCCUCUCACGUGUAUUACGUAACAUACAUGCUGAUAGUCACCAGUCGAGAAAGAAGCUCUUUGUUGUGUCUGUUAUUGGAGAACAGGGUUCUGCCAAGUCAACAUUACUCAAUUAUCUCUUUGGCUGUGGAUUUCAGACUCGAGCUGGUCGCUGUACCAAAGGUUUUUUUUUUUCAUUGGUGCACAUACCACAAAUUGAUGUGCUUGUCCUAGAUUCUGAGGGUUUGAUGUCUGUAGAAGAUGGUUCUGCAGACUUUGACAACACCAUCACUCUGAUGGCUGCUGCCUGCUCACAUGUUGUUAUUGUCAAUCAGAAAGGAGAAAUUGUCCGACAGCUAAGACAAUUGCUUGGAGUUGCAGUGUUUGCAUUAAAACACCUUCAAGUGCUUGACUUGAAGCCACAUAUUUGGUUUGUGCUGCGAGAUCAAACAGAUCUUGAACCAGCAACUUUAAAAAGUCAGUUUAUAAAAAUGAACAAGACUCUUUUGAAAGAGUCCACAAACCUUAAUGUUGAAGUCAGCAAAUUUGUCAAUCUAAGUCCAGAUUCACUUCAUUUACUGCCUCCCGCUUAUGAUGUAAAAAAGCAAAGAGGCAGGAUAAUGAAGCUACCGUCUGAGUUAUUCUCUGAAAAGAUCCUUGAGCUUCGUUCAAAAUUGUUUCAACUUUAUGAAGAAGAGUUUCAUGACACUUCUGCAAAAGUUGGAGCUUUUUCCUCUAUGCCUGACUGGCUAGUGCAUGUGCGAACAGUCUGGAAAGCUAUACGGGACUAUGGAGGCAGCUUGACCCACUAUGAAAGCUUACAUGAAGUAGAGCAGAGAAAAGAAGUGUCUGAAGCUUACCGUUUUGUCUUAAAAACAUACAUUGAAGGCCCUAAUGGUUAUGAUGCAUCUUGUGACAAGCUGCUAGAUGAAAAGAUGAACCUAUCUCCAAUAGAAACAGUACAGAAAUCAGCAUUAGAUGACCUCAAAGAUGAUUUAAACAAUUCUGCUGCCAAAAUGAAAGAACAAGCAACUGAAAUUCUAAAAGACCGUCUGCGUUCAGGUACAUAUCCUUCAACCCUAAUCAUUGAAUUUACCUCAAAGAUAAUGCGUCAAAUAGAUGGCACUAAAAAACGUAUCAUGUUGGCAUGGAAGCAACAUGUAGCAAGUAAACAAAGUAAGGUUCGCACAGACAACUUAGAAAAAACACUGGCACAGAAAAUGGAUUCCCGUAUUGAUACAAGACAAGAGCUUAUGGAAAGAAUCGAACUUGAGAAACUGUUUAAUGCUAGUUGGAAAGAAUGCAUAAAAGAAACAGAACAAUCCCUACAUGCAUCAAUGCUGACAUACCAAGACAUUGCAACUCGUGUAACUGAAUGGAUUCACCUCAAAGUGACUGCACACCCAGGAGAAAACAUUUAUGUUACUCUUACACCAUUAGCAACUAAAACAUCAGAACGCAAAGAUCUGAUCCUCAAGCUCCCAGCUGAGUCAUUUCAAAAGUACGUCAAGCUGAAGUAUGAUGGACAUUACUUACGAGAAAAAUGGACAUCAUGGAAGAACCCUCAACUCUCUGCCAAAAUGAACAAAUGGGGAAUAACACAGAUACACAUGAUUGUUCAUCACCAUUUCAGAGCACUUGAUAACCACUACUCAUCUUCACUGCACUGGAAACCUGACGGUGCCUAUUGUGCUCAACAAGUAGCUGAAGCUGUUGGCAUGGUAGAGUCAGUACAGAAAAAGCUCAAAAGCAAGAAGAAGACAAAAACAAACAACUAG